ACCCUGCCAGCGGAGGAGUGGAUGGCCUCUGUAAUAAAAAUACAUGAAGAGAAUUGAGGAAAAGGAGAAGAUUGGCCGAGGGGGUGAAAAACAGCAACCACACCGCGUUUAAGCCUUUGUUUUCAUCCCGCUACUGAAGCCGUGGACGUGAACACCUUUUAACACAGACUGGGAUAUAUUUUGGUUGCGGCAUCGAGAGCUCCUGGCAGAAAUGCAAUGUUAUGCGUGGCUUUCUUGGGUCUUUUGAGCAGGCAGCGAGAGAUAACUGUACUGUAUCCCAGUCUAGAGGAUUGGAGUGAAAGUCCGCCAUAUUCUGCCUUACCACGCCCGGGAGUCGAGCCAUUGGAAAAUAAACCGACAGCUGUAUUCAUGGGUUUUUCCGGUUGCCCUCAUCCACGGACGACAACUUGAACGCAGGUGAUUUUGUUGGGCGAAAAAUAACAACAUUGAAGACUUCGAAGAGAGAAGGCACGGAUGGCAACGCUUAACGAGAUCACGCAGAGCAAUACGGAGGAUGUGUCUUAAAAGGAUCUGUUGAUCAUAUUGAGAAGGAAAAGCAGAUUACACCAAUUAAGAUUGGACAGAUAUUCCACUCAAACCGCUUUGGACACUAUUUUGAAGCUGUCGGAAGGCGAGCAGAAACAGGGGGGAGGGGGGGUCAAUAAUUUCUCAAGUAUCCAGUUUUCCUUUCCACCACAAUCUGUGCGCUGUUCAGGCUCAUUAUAAGGGCGUCCACGCGUUGUUUCACCACAAGUAGGCCUGCAUGAGGACAUUAUUUGGCAUUCACAGGCCUCCGUUUGUUUGUUUGUUUGUUUGUUUUUACUCUGAAGAAUCUGAAAUCUGAAUGAACCACUAAGAGGGAAAAGCGGAAAAGUGCGUGUUUUGGAGAGGGGGGGGAAGCAGAGAGAAUGACCCUGGAAUCCAUAAUGGCGUGUUGCCUCAGCGAGGAGGCGAAAGAAGCCAGGCGGAUCAACGACGAGAUAGAAAGGCAGCUCCGCCGGGACAAGAGGGACGCACGCCGGGAACUGAAACUGUUGCUUCUCGGCACCGGGGAAAGUGGAAAGAGCACAUUCAUCAAACAGAUGAGGAUUAUCCACGGCACCGGCUACUCCGACGAGGACAAAAGAGGUUUCACCAAACUGGUCUAUCAGAACAUCUUCACAGCCAUGCAGGCCAUGAUCCGAGCCAUGGAGACGCUCAAGAUCCCCUACAAAUAUGAGCACAACAAGGGCAACGCCAACAUUGUGAGAGAAGUGGACGUAGAAAAGGUCUCCAUGUUCGAGAAUCCUUAUGUAGAUGCAAUCAAGAGCUUAUGGAAUGACCCAGGCAUCCAGGAGUGCUAUGAUCGAAGGAGAGAAUACCAACUCUCAGACUCUACCAAAUAUUACCUGAACGCGUUGGACCGGAUCGCCGAGCCAGCCUACCUUCCCACUCAGCAGGAUGUGUUGAGGGUUCGAGUCCCCACCACGGGCAUCAUUGAAUACCCGUUUGACCUGCAGAGUGUCAUAUUCAGGAUGGUGGAUGUUGGAGGUCAGAGGUCGGAGAGGAGGAAGUGGAUCCACUGCUUUGAGAACGUUACGUCCAUUAUGUUCCUGGUCGCUCUCAGCGAGUAUGACCAAGUUCUGGUGGAAUCGGACAACGAGAACCGGAUGGAGGAGAGCAAAGCUCUCUUUAGGACAAUAAUCACAUACCCCUGGUUCCAAAACUCCUCAGUCAUUCUCUUCCUCAACAAGAAGGACCUGUUGGAGGAGAAGAUCAUGUACUCUCAUCUGGUCGACUACUUUCCAGAGUAUGAUGGUCCCCAGAGGGAUGCCCAAGCAGGGCGAGAGUUUAUCCUCAAGAUGUUUGUGGACCUGAAUCCAGACAGCGAUAAGAUCAUCUACUCUCACUUCACCUGUGCCACCGACACAGAGAACAUCCGGUUCGUCUUUGCCGCCGUCAAAGACACCAUCCUGCAGCUCAACCUAAAGGAGUACAACCUGGUGUAGAGCGGAGCAGGGCUGCCAACAGGAGGCCCUCAACACACACUGACUGAUGCAAUCCGUGAAAAGAUAGAUCAUAUACACACACAUUAAAAGAAAAUCAGAAAAAAAAAAUCUAAUGGUUGCAUAAUACUAAUUUAUUUGCCAUUUGUUGACCUCUUGGUCCCCAAGGGGUCAACAAAGUAAAUGUUUUAUUGCUAUUUAAGGAGUUGAUGAAAUAUUGGGGGGGGGGGACAAGAUAUCUGGAAGGGUUGGGGAGGCAUUUGCUGUUGAACAUGUACAGCAACGGUCCUCAUUUCUACGCUUGACAAAAAGAAAGAAACUACUUUGGGGGCUUGUUUUGUCUGUCAGUCUGAUACAUCAGAGCUGUAGCAAAUGCAGUGUGCUCCCUCCCUCCCUGCCUUUUUAUAAACAAGAAGGAAUUCAAUUUCUUUUUUUUUUACCCUCCCUCAUUACCUACCAGUUCAUUCUGAAGAUUCAUCCAUUUACCUGUUUGCCCAACCAGAAAUGAUGUAACAGAUCUCUAAUUGACUGCUUCCUGUUUUUCUUUUAAGGACUAAUUGGCAAGUCUCUUGAUGAAAAGGCAUAAACUGUGAUUUUUUUUUAAAUGAUUUCAUAUCAAUUUGGUAUUGAUUGACUUAAAUGAUUAUUAUUAUCAUUAUUAUUAUUACACUGACUUUGGUAUCAUCCGAUGACUAGAGCAUGUGUGACCGUGGAAGUACAUUCUCCACAUUUUGGGGAAAGUAGCCUGAGUCCUGUGUUUAGUGACAGUCAUGUGACAAUUCUCCAGCGUUGCCAUAACCAUGAAGUUAAGAAGUGUGAGAGAAAUUUGGCUUUUAAAAACGCUGUGAGUGGCCAGUUGAGAAGGCACACAGGGACCUCUUCUCUGUCAUGUCAUGAAGACCAUGACGGUGCUGGCUGCUUUACACAGACUGAAGGAAGUAAUAAUUUAUGAGACAAUGUUGUUAAAUGAUUUAUGUUCAACUGUGCCACCUUAAUGCUUUUUUAUUAUUGUAAUAUGUAUAUUUAUUGUCAAUGCCAAAACAACUCACGCACCAGACUCCACUUUGCGUUGUGUACUACUUUAAUGAAAGGAAUAAGCGUUGAGGACAGGAAAAGAGCAGGGUGAAUGAGCACAGAAGGAGCGGACUGACUGACCGACAGUUUUUGAAGUAUUCAACAAAAUCAGAGAAACUGUCCAAUCACAACCUCGGGUGUGGCUACAAACCCCUCCCCCUGGCUUACAGACUAUCCAGUCACACUUUAGCUGUGUCUAUUGAUGAUGGCUGUCUUGACUGUUGUAGUUUAAUAGCAGUGGAGAAUACAUUUGGCUAUAUUCCUAUGUAAACGGGCUGAGUGUUCAUAUUCACUUGUUACCAAAGUAAGCCCUUCUAGUUUUUGAUUGGCUCCUCAGAUUUGCAGUUGCUCAUUCCCAAGUUACUUUUAAGAAUUUUUGGAAACAAUUCCCUUGAACAUAAGCCUGUAAUUUACAUUUAUUGUGGCAUAGUGCAAUUAUGAAUGCUAUAAUCAUUGUACAUACAUCUCUCUCUCUAUAUAUAUAUGGCAGCAUCUCUGUUGGCUUUGUAAUCAUUACGUUUUUGGCAGAUUGAAUGUGCGGUAUUGAAAAUAUGUAUCUAUGUAAUUGUAUUGUAUGUAGGCUAAUAACAUUUUGGGGGAAAAAAACAUGUUAUUUACACAUUUGGUUUUGUUUCCUUUUUUUAAAGAGAAGAAUGUACACUUUGUGUUUUGUUUUAUUUCUCAGCACAGAAACAUUGUUCAGCUUCAGAACAGCAUAAAGAGGAAUAUUAUUAUCCAACAACCGAUCAAUUCGCAUGCCAGUACAUAUUGUAGCUGGUUUGUUAAAUUGACUUUUAUAUGAAAAACUGCAGACUAACUCCAAUCUACAGGGCUACUUCUAAUAGUUUAGUUCUUUACUGGCUUCAAGAACUUGACAUUUGCACUUUUCAUAUAGGUAUAGUCACAUCACUCAUUGAUUCUUAUUUUUUAUGUUUGAUUUCAUUACUCACUCAAUAAGUAUUCAUGAACUUUGAUAUUUAGUCUACUGCACACCUUGUGAUCCUGAGCACUCCCCACCCCACCGCCAACCACCUUUUGUAGGCAAGAUGUUAUUUUUAACACGUAUUAGUAGAACAAGGUAGAUGUCAGGCAGGUAAAGUGUUGCUUGGGCUCAGAUUUUGUAUAAAAAUCAUGUUAGGGACUGUGCUAGUAGAUUGGAAUGCCGCCCCCCCCCCUCCCCCCUUUACACCCCCGUCAAAUGACCCUCCACCCAGAUACAAACUCUGUUUUAUAGUGUGUCAGAGUCCGUGGCUUACCAGUGAACACAAACGUGCAAAAAUGACAACCAUUUGGCUUUAUUAGGAUGGUACAUUUACAGGUGCUUUCUUUCUUUCUUUCUUUUUUUUAUUUCUUUUAUCUCGAUUGCCUCCAUUUCAUUAGAAUGUACAGUAUUAUUUUGGACUUUAUUUAUGAAAUGACUACAUAGGAGAUAUUACACAACAAGUUCACAUGUACAUACUGCCUUAUUGAAUAAGCUGUGCCUCUGAAAUCCAUGCAAGGCACCUGUGUUUUUAUGAGAAGUGAAGUUAGUGCAUCCAAUAAUUUCCCCUUGUGCAGAUGGAGGAUUGUUCGGUUUUGGCUCUUUGUUAUUCUGAGCUAUAAGAAGACCUGGGAAUAGCUUUGAGUUGUAGCUUAUAUGACAUUGUUACCAGAAAUUAUCAGCACGUCAUGAGUGAACUGUAAUCGGAACACACUUUCUAUUGAUUUCAUAAUGUUGCCACAUCAAAUUCAUGUCUUAAAAUCCACGCCACAGUGCAUUAUAAUGCACUGGACUGCCUGAUGUGACUAUGAUUAACAGUGCUCCUACACAUCUGUAUAUGUAGAAUGUGCCUGUAUGGUCUGGUCUCCAAAUCACCAGCAGCCACCUGCGGACUGUUUUCUCGCCAUUUGGCGGUGGUUUCGGCAUCUACCAGCCACUUUGGCAAGUAACCAGCCCUCACUUGGAGGUCCUGUUGUUUUCAGAUAUUUCAGCUGGCUGCUGAAAUUGCAUACAAGGACGGUUGAUUUUGGCAGGCAACAACCACCUCAGCAAGUUCAUUUCCCGUCCAAUUCACAUUGUACUUGAAGUAAAUCGAGAUCUUACAAUAACCACUUGUCAACAGCAGUAGAAAAAAGCGUGGGGGGGGGCAGCUCGUCACACAUUUUACUGAAUGUUAAAAUGGUGUUAAUGUAAAAACUGCUUGUUGCCAGAGGAGAUGUUUUGAGGCUGAACUUUAGUUUCAACUUAUCAGAGUUGCUGAUCACUUGUAGAGCUGCAGCAAACGGUAACUUGUCUCUGCUGUUGUAAAGUGGCUAUUUGCAUUGUCCUUGUUACUUAAAGGGAAAAUCCUUGUUUAAGCAAUUUGCUGAGCAGAGACCACACAUCCAUGUUUGUGAGCCUCAAAGUCAUUCAGAAAGCUCAAGUGAUAAAGAAAUGACAAAAGCUGGAGUGUUUCAACUAACAGAUCUAAGAUUAGUGGGUUUUUUUACACAAUGAUGACAGUAUAUUAUAAUCUAUAUUGUGUAUGUUAUACUGGCAAAAAUGCUAAUUAUGAGAGGAUUUCAUCAGAAAAAUAUGAGCCACAAAAGACUGUUUCCAAGAUUUGUGAGUGAUUUGUUCAUGUUGGCAUGAUUACUCUGAGGGAGCACAUGUGAGUUACCUUCCGGCUGGAUUUUCCCUUUAAGACACCACAGACUCCAGCUGGUGUUGACUUGCUGACACGCAUUGUUGAAAACCUCUGCUGCUGGUUAAAUUUCAUGCAGUAUGAUCAAGAGCAGCACAGUGUUACUUACAGUAUAUUGUGGGCUACGUUAUGUGGAACCGCAGGGUCGCGUGUGGGGAAAAAUAACUUUCUAUAAAUGGCUCUCUGCUCAAGUCUUAGCCUACUUUUUUUGGGUUUCUUUGUCUCCAAAUAAAGAAGAUAUGAAGUUUAAUGACUCAUUUUGAAAUAGUGCUAUUAUGAUGAUCUCCAAAUAUGUACCGUGUUUCCUUGUAUCCUCCUUCAACAUGUUUCUUUUCAAAAGUAUGUCGACUCUGAUUUUUCUUUUCUGUAAUGUUAGUGAUAUAGCUGCCAUUUGUACAAUGUGGUUAAUUCAAUGUCUUUAAAUGUAUAUCAUUACUCCCCAUCAUAGUUCAGGUCUGUGACUGAUAUAUCACAGCCUGAGCUUAAUGCUUUGCCAGACGUCCUUGCCAGUUGUGUUUGAACUCCAUUUGUAUUACACUUCUUACCUCUGUCAAGCUCUGAAUGAAGUCAAAGUGAACACAGAUGUGAGUCUUUUUACCCUAUAAAGUUCAGAAUGUUCCCCAAGCAUACUGCCGAGCAACAUGUUGGGUGAAGUUACCCCUUAGAAGUUAUUUUAGCUCUUUUUCCCCCCUGUUAUCUGAGGUAAUCAAUAUUUUUACAUGCACAUAAAAAAAUCUCAAAAAGAAAAAACUGAGACAACAAUGCUUUUAGAGAAAGAUGAAAACGUGGCUGACAGGGAGCUGGCUUUGUUUACUUCCUGGUUUAAAACUACUAACACCACCAUAAAUUAAGUUUAUUUAGAUGCAAGAAACCUUUUGGCUGUAAAUCAAGGCAACAGCUCCAAGAAAAUCCUUCCCAUUUCAUAAAAAGCCAUUGAUGUUCACAUUCUAAAUCAUGUCUUCAUGAUCACAGGGAAGAUGAAACAAAUUCGCCAUUAAAAAUGGCUCAACUUGACUGAGUAGAGAAAUGAAAUGUUCCAGCUGAUGCACAUUUAGUCUUUCUGUUUUUGUAAAUGUUUCUGUUCCAAAGCAAUCCUGAUGAUAAUACGGAGUAGACUGGACUCAAAAAUGUAUUUGUUGAGAACAUUGUUCAAAAAGAGGACAAAAGUGUGGAUAAACAGACUGAAGCCUGAA